AUGUUGAUCGAGAUCUUAUAUUCUUACGUCACCCGCGAGGAUUGGCCGCUGUACAACCAGGCAAAUUAUAUUUUUCAACAGAUGAACGAGGCCGGUUUGGUCCAAAAAUUGCGAGCUAACAGUCUCCUACAGAUAGAACGUGAAAGAAAAACAAGAGAGGUGAUGAAGAAGGGUUUUAAGGUGAUGUUGCUGAAGCAGUUGGCAUUCAGCUUCUACAUUCUCAUAAUUGGAUAUACAUGCGCUAUUAUAGUCUUUAUUUUCGAGCUACUAAUUGGUAGAUCUGCUUCCAAGCCUGAGAACUGGAAAAAGAUUAUAAAGAAGCCUGAGUUAACUUUACUCUUAGGCGGAGACUAUAACGAAUUUCUUAGAAGAGCAUUAUUCGCCAAUGUACCGGUUGCUCUGAUUGGGGAAGGUAGCUCUCGAUUUAACGCUCUAGAAAAGUAUGCCUUGACAAGAUACUCCUUCACACUGUAUCAGAAUUUUAAAUUCUUUAAUUUUCUUCGAAAAGUGCACCGCUUCGUGUUAGUGGCAUCUUCUCAGCCUAUAUUGCGAUCGAUUUUGCAGAAAACAAAGGACUCACCGUGGGCGAAUUCGGACGGAUUUUUUAUCUUGGUUGAUACGCAGACCGAGUUUCGGGGCUGCACAAACGCUCGUUCAUUUCUCUGGACUGCUUGGAAAUAUGACUUGCUCUCGGUCAUCUUCAUGUGCGUCGAACCGGACGGGAUUUUUUAUUACACGCAUAAUCCGUAUUCGAACAGUACACCGCCCGAUUGGAACGAAGUAGAACGUGUUAAAGGACGAAAUGGCCAUCCUUAUAUAAUAAUGAAACGAAGAUUCGUGCACAACAGAACAAUAUGCAAUAAUUUGGACUUUGAUAAAACGGACAAUCUGAAGGGUUAUCUUAUUCGAUUAAAUGCUGUUGAAAUAGAACCGUUUAUAAAGGUCAAUUUAUCUGCACCGAAACUCGAGAAAUUUCUCGGUGAUAACAGUGAAAUUAUCAAAAUACUCUUACUUAAACAACGAGCGUCUCUUGUCAUCGAGCUCUAUAACGCCACCCCGUAUGCGCUCGGCGGUAUUGGGCCCAAUGGUACCUUUGAGGACAUGAUGGCACCUGUGAGCGAUGGUACAGUAGAUAUAGGCAUGAACACAAGAUUUUUGUUCGCAUUAUGGAAAGUCAAAUGCACGUAUCCACACACAAAGUCAGGCAUUUGCGUGAUAACGCAACCGGUCGCAGCAAUUUCAGAAUUCACCAAGUUAAUAACGUUUAUGUCGCCAGAAAUAAUAGUGGGAAUAAUCAUGAUAUGUCUGCUUAUUUAUGUAUUAUUUGUGAAGAACGAUGGAUAUGUGAAGGCAGGACUGCAAGUGAUCAGACUUAUGGUCUGCGUAGGAGUUUUGCGACCACCCGAAGUCAAUUCCACCAGAAUCUUUCUAUGCAUGGCACUCAUUUUGUUUCUUAACAUAAGCGCUCUAUUCCAAAGUCAUUUAUCAUCUUUGCUCACGCUGCCGAUUUAUGUCCGCGAUAUCGACAGCGUUGAAGGCCUUAAGAGAGCUGGAUACACUAUAUACGGACCGGCAAACCUGAAAAGUUUCUUAGGCGAUCCUGUUCUCGAAUCGCGUUUUGUAGGAGUCUCAUACGACGAGUGCAAAGAGCACGUCGAAAAUUCAUCAACCGCCGCGUGUCUCGGCGAGUGUUACCACAUGUAUUAUAGAAUUAAAGGUGGACGUUUUACCAUGUCGAGGACGCUACGCGAGGUGACACAGUCAUAUGUCACCCGCGAGGAUUGGCCACUUUACAAUCAGGUAGACCACAUUAUUCAACUGAUGAGUCAGGCCGGUUUGAUACUGAAAAGUCAAAGUGAGAGUUUCUUAGAGAUAACACGAAAUAGAAAAAAAAGAUCAUCGAUGAAAAAAGGCUUUAAAGUGAUGUUGUUGAAACAACUGGCGUUCAGCUUUUACUUUCUCAUAUUUGGAUAUGUAUGCGCUAUUAUAGUCUUCAUUCUGGAAUUAGAAAGGAUUCUGACUUUAUGUCGGCCAGAAGAAUCGGAAUUAACUUUGCUUUUAGGUGGAGACUGCGAUGAAUUUUUGAAACACGCGUUUUUCGGCAAUAUACCUGUGGCUCUAGUAGCGGAAACCGACCAGAAUGUAUGCGAGGAUAUGGAUUUCGAUAAAACAAGUAAUCUGAAGGGAUAUGAAAUUCGAUUAAACGCUGUUGAAAUGGAACCGUUUAUAACAUUGAAUUUAUCUGCACGGAAUGCAGAUGUAUUUCACGGUGACAAUAGUGAAAUCAUUAAAAUACUCGUAGGUAAACUACGAGCGGUUCUAACAGUUAAAGUGUAUUACAAACACUACGAUCUCGGUAGCAUAGGACCCAAUGGUACUUUGGGAGGUUUGCUGGCCUCCGUAAGCGACGGCAAAGUUGACAUAGGCAUGAACACGAGAGCUUUACUCGUAUUGUGGAAAGUCAAAGGAAUCGCGUCGAUGUAA